AUGAGUGUGCGCGAAUCACGUUCUCUUCUCCGCAAUGCCCUCGCGGGCGUCGACGCAGCGCGCCGAGCAGAGCUGGUGGAGUGGGCGGAUCAGGGCUCGGGGAACUGGGAAUCGGAUGCGCAAGAUGCGGGCGUGCGUGAACCGUCCUCGUCCGCAGCGCAACCCAUGUCGCGGGCCGCGCACGAUAUCGGUGUUAGUAGGCUGCGCCCGGCAACAUGCGAAAGCGCCAGCACCAGCGACAGGCGGCAGUGGGCGGGGGCGGGGAUAGGAAAGAGCGCAUCCGUGCUUUCCGCGCACGAUGUAACCGUUACGCGGAGCAUGUCCCCGCUGGAUGACUCAGUCCCCCGCAUUGCCCCCCCGCGCUCGCCCGGCGGAACCCGCGGGUUGGGGGAGCGGAGCGUGACUGAGCGGACGUUGCGGGGGAGGGGCAUGGCGGCGGUUGCGUUAAGUAGCAGCAUGCAGCGGUCCGCCACUCUUGCACGGUACCUUCAAGACCAAAGUUUCCGAGAGCAUGUGCGACAGAGAGUAGGCACGUGGGUGCUAGAGCAAGGCAGUGCGACGUCCUCGGGGACUGCGACGACGGCGACGGCGUCGGCGACGACAACUGCGACUUUCGGCGAUCUCCGUCGUCAGCAGCAUAUCCUGGACCUGCUGCGAGUUCGCUUGCUGCAGAAGCGGCAGGCAACGAGCCGCGGAUGGGAGGAUGGGGGGGUGGGAGGAGAGGAGGACGAGGAGGCGGAGGAGGAGGAGGAGGAGGAGGAGGAGGAGGAGGAGGAGGAGGAGGAGGAGGAGGAGGAGGAGGAGGAGGAGGAGGAGGAGGAGGAGGAGGAGGAGGAGGAGGAGGAGGAAGAGGAGGGCCCGGAGCUUGUGCGAACGAAAACAAUGCGUCGCAGCCUGUCGCUUCCCGAGUCAGAAUUCGACGAGCUGGUGUCGCCUCUAGUCGCACGCGGCGCCGACCGUUCCGCCGGCGGCCUGUACCUCAUCGGUCGGGACGGCAUGGACGGCACCAGGGCGAGUGGUGGGAGCAGCGGUGGCAGUGGCGGCGGCGGCGGAGCCGUUCCCGAGGUGGGUCUGCUCCGCAGCGCCGUUGGCCAGUCGCUGCUCGUAUCACGCACGGGUAGGUGGGAGAUCGAACCGCAAUCCACUCUGAGACGCCUCCGCCUACCGCGCAAGGAAUCCCCGCUGCUCUUCGCGGAUCGCGCAGGCCGUGCACAAUCGAGCGCGCGCGCGGACGGCUGGGGAGGGAGGGGAGACGAGGGAAUCGGGGGACGGGUUGAGGCGGGGGAAUGCUGGGAGGGCGCGGGCACCGAUUAUGUAGCGCGUGCGGGGAGCGCGGAAGAGCGGACGGCGGACGUGCAGGGGGCUUCCGCGGAGAGGUUCUUGCGGAGUGCUGGGGGACGUGCAGGAGGUGCUGCAGGCGGGGGAAUGGGUGGGGGAAUGGGAGGGGGAAUGGGCGGGGGAAUGGGCGGGGGAAUGGCCGGGGAAGACGUUAGACGGGGAAGGGAGUUCCCAGGGACUUCAGCCAUGGGCCCUGUUUCCCCCAAAGGCUACACUGCCUUGCAGGAUAGUAUCCCGGGCACCAUGGGCGGCCGACAGGCGGAAGAGAGAUCCAGGGCGGACGAUCUUGGGCUCUCCGCGGGAUUGGGCGGCCAGGGCGCGCGCCUCCCCGGAAGCAGCGGCGGAAUGGGCGCAGUCCCGCUGCUUUCCGCCAUGCCCAAGUCGCUGAGCAUGCCCGUGAGACGCCUGAUGCCCCUGCCCUUCAACCUCAGCCAAGUGGCCGCUGCUGCUGCUGCAGGCGCUGCAACAGGCGUGCAGCAGCAGCAGCCGCAGCAGCAGACGCAGCCGCAGCAGGGAGGAUGGCCAGGAGGCGGAGGCGGAGGCGGAGGCGGAGGCGGAGGCGGAGGCGGAGGAGGGGGAGGGGGAGGGGGAGGGGGGGGUGGAAGUGGGGAGAGUGUGUCGGUGAAAAUGGCAGUGAUGAUGGAGCGGCUACUGGCGGCCCGAGGGCUGGCUCACGCGGACGGACUGGGACCGGCAGCAGAUGGAGCCGUGGGCGUAACAGCAGCAGCAGCAGCAGCAGCAGCAGCAGCAGCAGCAACAACAACAACAGCAGCAGCAGCAGCAGCAGCAGGAGGAACAGCAGGAGGAACAGCAGGAGGAAAAGGACGGGCAGGUGCCAGCAGGUCGGUGGAUGGCAAUGCUGCUGCCCCCCGUGCCCUGCGCAAGUCACAGAGCGCCCCUCGCCGCGGCAUGGAUGCAGACGCCGAUGCUGCUGCUGCCCUCCUGCUCGCCUCCUCCGGGAACCUCCCCUGGAACCACAGCCCUCUGGCCUUCAAACCUGCUGCUGCUGCUGCUGCUGCCCCUGCUGGAGAAUCAGCAGCGGCAGCAGCUGUGAUGUCACCCAGACUGCCCUCUGCUGGCCUGCCCCCCCUCUCCCCUGGUCCACCUGCACCAGUUCCACCUGGGCCUGCACCAGGACCAUCUGGUGCAGGUACUGGUGCAAUGGGCACGAGAAAGGCAGAAGGGAAGGCGGGUGUGCGGGAGAGGCGUGGGCUCCACAGGGGGGUGUCUGUUGCUGCGUCUCCUUCUGUUUCGUCCGGUACCUUUGUUUCCUCUGCUUUGUCUUCGUCCGUGUCACGACAUCUGCGGCGCACGGUGACAGAUCCAACGGAAAGGGGGAGAGGGCAGGAGAGUGUUGUGGCUGCUGCUGCUCCCGCUUCUGCUGCUACGGGUGCUGCUGCUGCUGCUGCUUCUGCUGGUGGUGCUGGUGGUGGUUCUGCUGCUACUGGCAGUGCGAGCGGAGUGCCUGUCUCCACAGCACAAGCAACAGGGACGGCGGCAAUGGAAGGGGUGGGAGGCGAGGUGAUGGCAUGGGCGGUUCGUGCGGUGCAGUGCGGUGCUGUUCCUCCUCCUCCUGCUGCUGUUCGCCAGGCUGCCGGCUUGCGGUCAAACAAGUCAAGACGGUCAAGACACUCAAGCAAAGGCCAGCAGCAGCAGCAGCAGCAACAGCAGCAGCAGCACAGUGGCUGGGCAGAGGCAGGUACGGCUGCUUCUGCUGUGCCUGGUGCUGCUGCUGCUGGUGCUGGUGGUGCUGCUGCUGCUGCACCAGGAGGAGCGUGGAGAAAGCAAGGCAGGACCGCAGCAGUGGUGUCUGAAGGCGUGAGUGCGUGGGUGGGGAGUGUAACCGAGGGAAUGGUCACAGGGCAAAGGAGAGCGAGGGUGCCGGCUCACGCGCGGUUACACGACGACGAAGGGCCGUGUGUGGACGAGUCCGUUCUCAAAGACAUGGACCUCCCACUCUUCUUCCACUCAGGCCCUCCCUUACAGCACAUGCUCGCUCUCGGCCUGCCUCCUGGUGCCUUCCUGCCGAAUUCUACUGUGGAAGCACGAGGAGGAGAGGGGGAAGGAGGAGGUGGAAUGGGUCGAGAAGGAGUAGGGGGAACGGCAGAGGCCGGUGGUGUUGACACGACGACGACCACCACCGCCACCACGGCCAGCAGCAGCAGCAGGCGUGCAUACGCACAGCGAGUCUUCCGCACGAGCCGCUUUCCCCUCUCUCUCGGUGCAGUCGUGUCAGCUUUAUCUGACCACAUGGGUUCGUUAGCGCCUCCCGGCUCCUCUCUCGCCCUCACUGCUGCCACAGCCGCCGCUGCUGCCGUUGCUGCGGCUGCUUCUGCUGGGGGAGUGGCGGCCGCAUCUUCCUCCUCCCUCUCCCCCGUGCCCGUCGCCUCUCCAUGGAAGUCGUCUUCCGUUUCCCUGCUCUCAUCCCCUGCUCCUCAACCUCCUCUCCCUCCUCACCCUCCUCAGCCUUCUCACCCUCCUCAGCCUCCUCAACUGCCUCUGACCACACCUGCUGCUGCUGUUCCUGCUGCAGCUUCUGCUCCCUGGGGAGCUGUUGAGAACGUGCUUUCCCAGUCUUUGCCUGUGCCUGUUCCUGUCCCUGCGAGUCAAAAUUCCACACCCCGUCGCAGCCAACCCCUGGUUAAAGGAAAGCUGAAUCCGGCUUCUCCUGCUGCUGCCGCCACCGCUACCGCCGCCGCCGCCACCGCCGCCGCCACCGCCGCCGCCACCGCCACCGCCGCCAACGGCAAUAGUAGCAUCACCUGUAUCAACACGAGCAUCAGCAGCAGCAGGAGCAGCAGCAGCAGCAGUUUGCAGUCCCUCAGCCAGCAACCCCAUCGUCUUCCCCCCUCACUUGACCCAAAGACCACACUUCCUCUUCCCCCAUCCUCCCCCUCCCCACCCCAGCUUACACUCCCCACUCCCUCACUCCUCCCCUUCCCCCCAACUCACCCCACCACCUCUCUCUCCUAUUCGCCGCACCCCCCUCGCGUCCCUCCCCGCCCCACUGCGUCUCUCUCCCCUCGCCGAGCACAUGUGGGUGUGCAUGAGAGAGAGGGGGAGGGCGUGAGGGGGUGGGGAGGAGGGGAGGGGGUGAGAGGAAGCCGUGGGCCCAUUAGUGGAUUAAAUUUGGAUGGGCUGGAAGGUGAUGGCAAAGAGGCUGCGGUGGGGUUGGCUUCUAAGGGAGCUGUUGCUGCUUCUGCUCCUCCUGCUGUUGCUGCUUCUGCGAGUGGUGAUGCUGGUGCAAGAGGAGUGAAUGGGAGUCGUAGCUACCGCGGCAGGAAUGCUACCCUUGGUAUUGCUGCUCCUGCUGCUGCUGCUGCUGCUGCUGCUGCUGCUGCUGCUUCCGCUGCUCCUGCUUCUGCUACUGGUAAUGGUGGUGCUAGUCGAGGUGCCGGUGCUGGUGUUUCACUGCCGCCGAGCGAUCCUCCAAACGAGCACCAGCAUCCGUCUCCUCCCUAUCCCCUCAUUCUCCCACACCCACCUCCUCACAGCAACACGUCCCCCCCUCGUCCCUCUCCCCACACUCGCCUCUCCCACUCCUCGUCGUCCUCCUCCUCCACUUCUCACCACCACCCUAGCACCACCCCUGCUUCAGCCAGUAGUUCUGCUUCCACCAGCCUCCCCGCCAGCAGUAGCAAGGUUCUGGGGAGUGCAGCAGGGGAGAGACACCAAGGGCUGGAUAACACUCGUGCUGCUGCCAGGACUGUGCCUCUCUCCUCUCUCUCCCCUGCUAACGGCGCUCUUUCCUCCUCCACUGCCAACGGCCCUGUGAUUGGGACUUCUAUUCCCAAUGGUUCUGUGAGGGCUGCGCCUAGUGCCUUAAGUGGUGCAAGUGCUUCACGUGGUGCUCCAAGUGCUGCAGGAAGUGUAACAAGUGCAGUAAGUGCAGCAGUUCUGUUGAGUGCCCCGAGCAAGGGACGGCGGGGGGUGGAGCCAGUGGUAGUGGCAAGGACGGGUAUAAGUGUCUCGGGCAGGCACAACCUGCCUUCUGCAGCCGCUUCUGCUGCUUCUGACGGUGCAGCUGCUACUGCUUCUGCUGCUGGUGUUGAUGGUAGUCACGGUGCGGAUGCAGCAACAGCAUCAGCAACACCACCAGCAGCGGCAAAUGGUGUGGGAGGGAAUGAUAUGGGAGCUGUGCAAGGUGGCGGUGGUGGUGGUGGUGGUGGCGGUGGUGGUGGUGGGGGUGGUGGGGAUGGGAAUCCCCUGCUGCAAGGAGGGCAACAGGGGGAAGGCUGGAGGGAGAACAUCCGGGGGAAUGUUCUGAGCCGUGGAAACAAAAUGCAUGGGGGAAGGGGGGGAGGGAGAGGAGUGCGAGGAAGGAGGGGAGGACGUGUUGGUGGUCGGAUCAGUGCCACAGAGCAAGAGCAGGGGCAUGGCAAUGGCAUGCGUGCGAUGGGUGUUGUGGGUGGAAGGUUUCAGAUGCUGGGGAAGAUUAGCCCUUGA